CACCUUCUGGCCCUUAGGCUAUCCCACUUGUGAGCCGCCGCUUUCUUGCUAUCGGCGCCUACCUUACUUCAUUCCUGCAGGAUGCGGGAUUCCCGAUGGACUUCCGUGGUGACCUUGACUUCUCCGACAGCGCCACCGUACGCAGUGUGUCCAUCCCGGGGGUGCUCCGCAUGUCCGGUGCUUCGUUCUUCCCAGUAGACAGGACCCAGGUCGACGUGCUGAUCUGGAGUCAGGGCAGCAAGGGCACGUCGGUCCUGCAGGUCCUCAACAGUCCGGCGACUCUUGGCUACGGAGCAAGCACGGUCCUGUCCCCGCGUGGCAGCUGCUUGACUGCUCUGCUCAAUACCACGUUCCCCAUCUUCGACUGCACGGGUGCGCCCAACCCCGACGCCCCCGGCUGGUCGUGCACCGGUCCGGUCGCGGGUCUGGCCAAUGACUUCCCCGGAGCCAACAACCUCAAGCUCUGGCUGCUGCAGGGCAACUGAAGAGCUGGCCCCGCUGGUUGACAAGCCUAGGUCGCUAGACAUGUGGUGUACGGCUGCUAACGAAUGGCAGCCAGAAGUGGGUGUAGAGUGUGUGCAGAGGAGUGCUCGCGCACUUGGAUUCGGAAUUGAUUGCAACGAUACGAGGUGCCGAGGUGUGAGCCACUGCUGGUGACCGCCAGUCCGCCUACGGGUGUAAUCUGUACGCCUA